AUGAUAGUAAACGAAACAAAUACUAUUAAAAAAAAUAAUGAAUUAACAUUUUUUUUAAACGGAGAAAAAAAAGUUAUUAAAGACCCAAAUCCAGAAUUAACUACACUUCAAUAUAUUAGAUCAAUCGGAUUAACAGGUAGUAAGUUAGGAUGUGGUGAAGGUGGGUGCGGCGCAUGUACAGUCAUGAUAUCACACAGAAACGACAGCGAUGGUAGAAUUGUCCAUAGGGCAGUUAAUUCAUGUUUAUAUCCAUUGUGUCAAUUAGACGGUAUGGCAUUAGUCACAAUCGAAGGCUUGGGUAAUGUUCGUGAUGGCCUCCAUCCAGUUCAAGAAAGAAUAGCAGAGGGAUAUGGUUCACAAUGUGGUUUUUGUACCCCAGGUAUUAUUAUGGCUUUAUAUGCUUACUUAAGAUCAAAUCCAAACGCAAACCAAAAGGAAAUUGAACAUAACUUUGAUGGUAAUUUAUGCAGAUGUACUGGUUAUAGACCUAUUCUUGAUGCUGCCAAAUCUUUUGCAAUCGAUAAAACUACCGAUGAACAAGAUGAAGACGGAGAUGUUAAAAUUCCAACCAUUGCCAAAAUUGAAGAUGACGACACUAAAACUGAUAGCGAACCAGGAAUUUGCCCAUCAUCUGGUAAACCAUGCAAUUGUAAACAAAAAACUUCACAUAUUCCAAGUAAACCAUUAGAAUUAAAAAGCGAACCAAUUUUUCCACCAUUUUUAAUGGAUUAUAAAAAAGAAUCAUUAGUAUUCCAAGGUGAUAGAGUAACAUGGCACACACCAACUAGUUUAAAUGAAAUUUUAACAAUUAAAAAGACUCAUAGUAAUGCUAAAAUUGUAGUUGGUAACACUGAGAUUGGUAUUGAAACUAAAUUUAGAAAUGUUGUUUAUCCAACUAUUAUUUCACCAGUUAGAGUACCAGAAUUAAAUUCAAUUCAAAAACAACAAGACGGUAUUUUAGUAGGCUCAAGUGUAACAUUAACCGAGUUAAAAUCAUUUUUAUUAGGCGAAAUUAAAAGUGAUGGUGCAUCAGAUGAUCAAAAAACAAAGGUUGGUACAUUUAAGGCUAUUGUUAGUCAAUUAAAGUGGUUUGCUGGUAAUCAAAUUAGAAAUGCUGCUUCAAUUGGUGGAAAUUUGGUAACUGCUAGUCCAAUCUCUGAUCUUAAUCCUGUUCUCUUAGCAGCUGGCGCCAUUUUAACUAUGGUUUCACAAGACGAAAGCGGUACUAUUGUCGAAAGAAAAGUACCAAUUGGUUCAUUCUUUUUAAAAUACAGAAUAGUCGAUAUUAAACCAGAAGAAAUUUUGCAAUCUGUUUUCAUUCCAUAUACUAGACCACUCGAGUUUGUUCAAGCUUAUAAACAAUCAAGAAGAAGAGAAGAUGAUAUUGCAAUUGUUAGUUGCUGCUUUAGAAUUUUAUUUGAAAAUUUUGAAAAUAACCAAUUCAAAGUUAGAGAAUGUGUUUUAGCAUAUGGUGGUAUGAAUGUUAAAGCUGUUACUUGCCAAAAUACUGAACAAUUUUUAAUUGGUUCCAUUUGGGAUAGAAAUCAAUUGGAUGAGAUCUAUAAGAAAUUAGAAGUCGAUUUACCAUUAGCUCAAGGUGCACCAGGUGGUAUGAUUGAAUAUCGUCGUUCAUUAACAACAAGUUUCUUCUUUAAAUACUUUUUAACAGUUUCAAAACAACUUUAUGAAAUCUCAAAGAACCCAUCCUAUUCAUUAAGCGAUAAAGAAUUAUCAGUAACAGCACCUUACAGUAGACCAUUAUCAAAAGGUCAACAAGAAUACCAAACCCAACCAGAAAAACAUCCAAUUACCCAACCAGUUAUUCAUCAAUCUGCUGAUAAACAAGUUACUGGUGAAGCUCUUUAUGUAGAUGAUAUUAAAAUCAAAUCAUUAUACACUUGUUUCGUUCAAUCAACAAAGGCACAUGCUAAAAUUUUAUCAAUUGAUGCCUCGCGUGCUCUCAAAGCCCCAGGUGUUAAAGCUUUCUACUCUGCCAAAGAUGUUCCAGGUGAAAAUAAUUGUGGCCCUGUUAUUAAAGAUGAUGAAGUAUUUGCUUCUGAUAUUGCAAUUUUUCACGGUGCUCCAAUUGGUUGUAUUGUAGCAGAGACUCACCAACAAGCUUUGGAGGCAUCUAAAAUGGUUCAAAUCGAAUAUGAAGAAUUACCAGCCAUUGUUACAAUCGAAGAUGCAAUUGCCAAAAAAUCUUUCUUCCCAUUCACUCACGUUAUUAAAGAUGGUGAUAUCGUUAAAGGCUUCGAAGAGUCUGAUCAUAUCAUUGAAGGCGAAUUUAAAUGUGGUGCUCAAGAACACUUUUAUCUUGAACCAAAUGGCUCAUUAGUCGUACCAGGUGAAGGAAAAGAAAUGACAAUUUAUGCAUCCACUCAAAAUCCAACCAAAACCCAAGGUAUUGUAGCAAGUGUUUUGGGUGUUCCACAAAAUCAAGUUGUUUGCAAAUUAAAGAGAUUAGGUGGUGGUUUUGGUGGUAAAGAAACCAGAUCCAUAUUUUCAACUUGUGUAGCUGCUGUAGCCGCCUAUCAUCAAAGAGAACCAGUUAGAAUUAUUCUCGAUAGAGAUACCGAUAUGGCCACCACAGGUACAAGACAUCCAUUCAUUGCUAAAUAUAAAGUUGGUGUCACCAAAGAUGGUCUUAUUAAAGCAUUAGAUUUAGAACUAUAUGCCGAUGCAGGUUACUCUUAUGAUAUUUCAGUUGGUGUUUUAGAUAGAGCUAUUUUCCACUCUGAAAAUGCUUACAAGAUUCCAAAUGUUAAUGUUGUUGGUCGUUUAUGCAAAACCAAUUUACCAUCCAAUACAGCAUUCAGAGGUUAUGGUGGUCCACAAGCUAUGAUUAUUGUCGAAAAUUGGGUUGAAAAAAUCUCUAAAGUUUUAAAUAUCGAAUCACAUAUCAUUAGAGCAAAGAACUUUUACAAAGAGGGUGAAUUAACUCACUACCUUCAAGCAGUCGAAAAUAAUCAAAUGCAACGUGUUUGGGAUACAAUUCUCGAGAAAUCAAAUUAUUUAGAACGUAUCAAUAAAGUAAACGAUUUUAAUGAAAAGAAUCGUUGGAAAAAGAGAGGUAUUGCUGUUAUUCCAACCAAAUUUGGUAUGUCAUUCACCGUUAAAACAUUAAAUCAAGCAGGUGCAUUGGUACAUUGUUAUACUGAUGGUACUGUUUUAGUUACUCAUGGUGGUACUGAAAUGGGUCAAGGUUUAAAUACUAAAAUGAUUCAAAUUGCAGCUCGUGCAUUUGGUAUUCCAGUUAAAGAUGUCUUUAUCUCUGAAACAUCAACAGAUAAAGUUGCAAAUACUACUCCAACUGCUGCCUCAGUUUCCUCCGAUUUGAAUGGUAUGGCCGUAUUGGAUGCUUGUCAAAAUAUCCUUAAGCGUUUAGAACCACUUAAGGAAAAGAACCCAAAUAUGACAUUCAAACAACUAUGCAUUGAAGCUUUUGUACAAAGAGUUAAUCUAUCAUCCAAUGGUUUCUAUGCUACUCCAAAUGUUGGUUAUGUAUUCAAAGAUGGUGGCGUUGGUGAAGGUACUCCAUUCAAUUAUUUCAAUUUUGGUGCUGCUUGUUCAGAAGUCGAAAUCGAUGUCCUUACUGGUGAUCACACUGUACUUAGAUCUGAUGUAAUUUUGGAUGUUGGUGAUAGUUUAAAUCCAACUAUUGAUAUUGGUCAAGUUGAAGGUGCCUUUGUUCAAGGUAUGGGCUGGAGUUGUACCGAAGAGGUUGUAACUUUCCCAACUGGUUACCUAUUUACAAGAGGUCCAUCAACUUAUAAAAUUCCAGGUUUCAAUGAUGUUCCAUUAGAAUUCAAUGUUUCAUUAUUAAAUGAUGCACCAAAUCCAAAAGCCAUUCAUUCAUCCAAAGGUGUUGGUGAACCACCACUUUUCUUAGGUUCAUCAGUUUACUUUGCAAUCCGUCAAGCUAUUACAGCCGCCAGAAAAGAAACCAAUUUAAAUGAUUGGUUUGAUUUACCAUCACCAGCAACCUGUGAAAGAAUUAGAACAUCAUGUCUCGAUUCUUUCAUAUAUCAAUUUACAAACAAUAAAAACUAAAAAUAAACAUAAAAAAAGGCAAUAUUACUUAAAAUAUAU